AAUGAGGAAGUGACAGUUGCCCGAGCAAAAUCUCCCUCUUGCAUGCGAUCUGACUCAUUUACCGACAUGAUUCAUGCCAGCAUGGCAUUUCCAUAUGUUUUUCAGCUUUUACUUUCUGGACUCAUAGGGAUUCACUGUGAAAUCAAAACAGUGAGCAAAGUGUCGGUCAAGUUUGGAGGAUCCAUCUCCAUCCCGUGUCUCUACAAGCAGAGAUACAGAGACAAUGUGAAGUACUUGUGUGUAGGGUAUUGGUGGUUGAGUUGCUCUACAGUCAGAAAAACAUCUGAAACAGAAGCGACGUCUGGAAAAUUUUUCAUCUCUGAUGACAAAAACCAAGGAGUUUUCACUGUGACUAUACAUAAUCUGACCAAGGAGGAUACCUAUUUCUUUUGUGCUGUGAAGAGUGGAAACAUUAAUGAUCAUCAACAUUUUCAGCUGUCAGUCAAUUCAAGUCCGUCAAGUCUGUAUACAACUGAACAAAAAUUAACCGCAUUUGAAAGAGGAAGUGCCACAGUUACAUGUGAGAGUAAAGACUCAAAAAUAGCGCAGUGGUGCAGGCUGGGCAGCACCUGUGUAGAAAACCCAACCGGAUCAAUCGAUGGAACACCUGUGAAAAUAAACACAACCCUUCCCGGUGCCUUCAGUGUGACAAUGAGUGAUUUGAGGAGAGAAAGCAGUGGCUGGUAUUGGUGUGACAAUGGAAACCUGCAGAUGCCAGUGCUUAUAACUGUUCAUCAUGUAUCAACCUCGACAACAACCACAUCAACUACUACAACAACUACUCUGACGUCCAACCCAACAAGUUUCGCAGGGACCAUUGAAACAAGCACAGUACAGCCCACCAACCCCACAACAAAGGAAGCAGGUGGUGAGAGCCUGAAAGAUGAACACAGGAGUGUCCCUAAGGUGAUGAUUGUCACCAUCACCCUGCUUGUACAGCUGCUGAUUGUUCUUGGUGCUCUUUUCAUAUGGAGGAUAAGACGCAAUAAAGCAAAACGCAAAGUGUGCAGUGCUGCUGAGGAUUUAAACACUUUUGAUCCUGAUGUGCUCUACUCUACAAUUCUUCAUAAUCAACAUGACCAACUCCCCACAGAAAAUGGGAAACGAAGCAUCAUCAUAAUAAACGAUAAUGUCCAGGAAGAGACUGCAACACCAGAAGAAAGAACUUGCAAGCCAGUGUGGUGUUGCACUAGUUCUUGUUGUUCCUGCUCAGUCAUCGAUAUGGCGGUUCGUCUCAGCGUUCUUCUGAUCCUUACUGGAAUAACAGUAACUCACAGCAUAACUACACUCAGUAAAGUGCCAGUGAGGGCUGGAGCUUCUGUCAAUAUUCCCUGUCAGUACAACCCACAAUACAGAAAAAAUGUCAAAUACUUAUGUGCUGGAUACAAUUGGAACUUCUGCAAAUAUGCAACUAAAACAAACCAACCACAGAGUUCAGGAAAGUUUUUAAUCAAUGAUGUCAAAGACCAAACAACAUUCACUGUGACUAUAAAGAAUCUGUCAGAAGAUGACGCUAAAUUCUGGUGUGCUGUGGAAAUCGACGGCGGGCCUGACGGUGGGGAAUACUUUAAGCUGUUAGUCACAAAAGGUGAACCCAGUCUUUAUGUGCAUCGUCAGAACGUUACAGGAUUUAUUGGAGAAAAUAUAAACAUCAACUGCAGCUACAGAAACUCUGGAGAAAUGAAAUGGUGCAGGCUGGGUGGUGAAUGUGUGACAAAGUCAACAGAAACAACAACCAUCGAUGACAGCGUCCCUAAUGUCUUUACUGUGACCGUGAGUGGACUGAAGCAAGAGAACAGUGGCUGGUAUUUCUGCUCCAACGGAGAGUUUCAGAUGCCUGUGCAAUUGAAUGUUAUUGAGAGAACCACUACCACAGAUGACAAUACAAAGUCCACAGCUACAGCAGUAACAAAUAAAGAGAACAGAGGUCCUUUCGACCUAAAGAGCCUCAUCAUCCCCUUGAGUUUGUUGGUCUUCAUUGUGAUUGUGACUUCAUUCAUCUUUCUCAUAUUGAGAUUCAAAAAAAGCAAAGCAGAAUCAACAUCUACAAAGUCUACCGAAGAGGACGUAAUUUACUCUGAUGUUAACUGCAAGGGGAAACAGUCAGUUCAGCGUGAAGCAAAAGAAGAGAAUGUUUUGUACAGCACAUUGGCUGAACAUCGAUAAAACAUUUAAAUAUCCUGGACAUCCUGGAGAAACUCCCUCUCAUCUUGCCUGCACUGUUGUAUGUACAGCAAAAUGACAACAAAGCUUGAUUUGAUUUGAUUUAGAAUAUUAUAUUUUCAUAUUUUUAUUUUUGUACUGGACCUUUUGCUUAAUGUGUGAGUUUUGCCAAAUGUUCUUUUGUUUUGAAGGUCUUCUUAUCUUUUUGCCUGCUUUGCGGCUGGGCUAAUUCUGUGUUUGAAACAUGUUUCUUAAUUUUCCUGUAUUACUUAGAAGCAGUGACACACAUUUUGGGUAUACUGAGGCUGUGAAGUCAUUGUGUGUAUCCAACAUUUGUCUUUGUUGCUCCUUUGUCUCUAAAAUAAUGACUUUUAGUUUUAUCAGAGGCUUGAAAAUAAAGCGAA